GGGGGAUAAUCAGCGAUACGUUACUUAAACGAGAUUUCGCGUCAGCUUUUGAGUGCGAGCAGACGGCAACAUGAGUGGAAUGUUAAAUUUUGAUUUUCUGGAUGACGUACGUCGUAUGAAUAAGCGACAGUUAUAUUAUCAGUUCCUCAACUUUGGCAUGAUUGUUUCCUCAGCACUGAUGAUAUGGAAGGGGCUUAUGGUGGUCACUGGCAGUGAGUCACCAAUAGUUGUUGUUUUGAGUGGUAGCAUGGAGCCAGCAUUUCACAGGGGAGACCUUCUCUUUCUUACCAACUACAAAGAAGAACCAAUUCGGGUAGGGGAGAUAGUUGUCUUCAAAAUAGAGGGUCGUGACAUCCCAAUUGUACAUCGUGUCCUCAAAGUACAUGAGAAGGAAGAUGGGUCAGUCAAGUUUCUGACAAAGGGAGACAACAACUCUGUUGAUGAUCGUGGGCUGUAUGCUCCAGGACAACUGUGGUUGGAUAAAAAAGAUGUAGUUGGACGAGCAAGAGGGUUUGUGCCUUAUGUUGGCAUUGUCACCAUACUCAUGAAUGACUAUCCAAAAUUUAAGUAUGCCAUUCUCAUAUGCUUGGGGAUCUUUGUGCUUGUUCACCGAGAAUGAGAUGACAUUUACAGUUGUCUGCACAGUGCCACUCUUUCCAACUUUUUUAUGUUUAGUUUUUCAUUGUUUUUUUUUUUUUUUAUUUUAAAUGAUAUACAAGGGGCAGUCAAAUGAAAUGUAGUAGAUGCAGAUUUCAGACUUGGAAAUUCACUUACCAGUUAAUAAUCUCCAUGGUUGGCAAGGCACUUCUCCUAUUGUGGAACGAGGUGAUGGAUGUACUGGGAUGAAACCCACUCAUGGACAGCCUCCUGCACUGAUGCAUCCAAUGGGAAUUUUUUGCCUUUCAGAUGGUUCUUCAUUUCACUAAAGAUGUGGAAAUCGCAUGGCAAUAAAUCUGGGCUAUAGGGUGGGUGAGUCAGUAUUUCCCACCAGAACAGUGCCAGCUUAUCGUUCAUGAAGUUUGUCUUAUGGGGGCAUGCAUUGUUGUGUAACAAAAUUACACUUUGUGUCAAGAGUCCUGGGUGUUUGUUUUUUAUUUUUUGAAUGCAGGCACCCAUGAGCACCCACAUGCUGCUCUACAUUAAUGGUGUGACUAUGUUCCUAGAAUUCCUCUGGGAGAGGCCCCUGAUGAUCAACGAAAAAGGACAACAUGAGUUUCCCUGCACUGGCCUGAGUCUUGAACUUUUUCAGAGGAGGGGAUGGUCUACCUUUUGUUCCUUAGGAAGGUGUCACAGUACCCAAUGGGCACAGAUUUUCCAAUACCCAAACUUUUCUUGAAUACAUGGUGUGGACACUGCCAUGACUGAUGUCUACAAGACUGGAAAUUUCAUCCUGUUAUACAUCUGUUCAUGCAGAUCAGGUUAUCCACCGCUGCACAGUUUGACGCCAUGAGCUUGCUCUAUUCAUGAAUCAUCUUUCAAUAACAUUUGUCCAUCGCAAUAUUGUGCCGCCCAUUUCCACACACCAGAUUCACACAAACGAAUGUUCACCAUGCAGGGCAAGCAUUCAAUAAUAAAUUCUUACUUCACCCCCUACAGUCAGAAAUUGUAUCACAAUAUGCUGCUUCGUUUGAAUGCUUCCAUUUUGUUUUGUUCUUUCCAGUCAGGAAUGCUAACUUCUUUGGUAUGUAGAGAGUCUACGAGCAGGAAUUAUUUGCUCGGCGUCUGCUGCAUUUCAUUUGACUGCCCCUUGUAAAUCAUGACAUGCUGAUCUAAGUUUAUGAACUGUGCAUUGUUCACUAACAAGAACUGCAAUUUUAUCACUGCCGUGUAGGUCAGUGCUAUUUUUCUUGCACAUCAGUAUCUUCUCAAGCCAGAUUUAAAAAUGUUCUUUCAUAGCUGGUUUGUUAGUCGAUUUUAAGAAUACGUGUGAUUGACGUGCAAGGAUUACUAGUGUGCCUGGGAAUCCUUUUCAUGAUGAUGAAUGUAAAACUGUAAAAGUGUUGCACUGUCUGUGACCACACACACACACAAAAUGGUUAGCCUCUGAGAUUAUGCAUUUCUUCAACACAUACAUAUUCUUAUUUCCGAUUUAUGGUUUGUCAAUGCAGAAUUUAGUCCCUGCAACCAGAAAGUAGAGGUUUCAUGCAAGCACAUGACCAUGCACACACAGAUAAACAGUUUAUUUUUCAGAACAAAAUCAUUUUAUAUUUCUGCAUGCAUCUCGUGUAAAUUAAAUACUGUGCACAGCAACAUUAUAGGUAGGUAAUCACAGGCAUGGAAACUCAGAUCAGAAUGCCUUUUUGGAUUAUUUAUUGACAAAUUUCAAAUGCAUCUGCAAGUAGGAAUUGUUAGGUUCAGUCACUACUUUCUGCUUAUAAUCGAGAAUGGCAGUAGUAUGGCCUUUCAUUAUUUUAUAGUUUUCAGAAUUUGGUCUUUUUUAUUAGUUACAGAUGCAUUUACCUUGUCUGAAAUGCUUGUGUGUUAAUGAUACAAAUUAUUGCCUCAAUGCAGUUAAUCUUUUGCUUACAGUGGAUGAAAAUGUGAUUGCAGGAUUCCACUACUUUCUUUUAAUUGCUAUUUCACAUAAAAAUAUUAAAGAAGGUAAAUCUGCACAGAUGAUUUAACAUAUUGACAUAAUAUACUCAAAAAUAAAGCAUUUCUUAAAAAAUAUCAGAGAAGUAUCAGUGUCAGAAGACAGUGCAAGAAGUUCCACCACCAUGUGGUUAUGUGCAUGCAGACUCAUAGCAGGUCAUGGAUUUUCAACUUACUGGGGCCAGAGGCAUCCCUCAGCACGGCUGCUGUAUAACUAUGUGUGGGGAACUGGUGUUUUACACGUAGCUAGCAACUAAGGCUGUAUCAGGGCAAGGCAGCCAUUCCUGUGUGCAGAUGCCACAUGUAGAGAAAAAACAGAGUGCCAGAGACAAGAACUUAACCCAGAACAGUCAACCCUCACUGUAUUGACAAAAUGAGUAACUGUUGCACCACCGGACUUCUGCUAAAGUGUGUGAAAGACAGUAUAAUGUUAUGCUGUUUCUUAAAUAAUCCACAUUCAGCUUAUGAAAAUACAUUUAAAACACAUUUUUAUAGCUAUUUAAAAAAAAGAUUUACUAUUUUCAAUAUUUCCAGUUUUGUCUUAUCCUGUGUUAGGUUCUUUGUUCAGAACAGUGUGGACUAUAAUUUAUCAAGUGCUGUUAAAUCUGUAAAAAUGGUUUUAUAUUUGGUAUGUUUCAAAGUCAUUUUAUGAAAUUUCAUGUGCAUUAGUAGGUUUGUAAGAUGUGAGCUGAUGGUGAAUAUUUCAUUUAAGAGAAAAAAAACAAAACAGGGUGGUGUCAUGUUUAGUCAUGUACUUCACAACUGAAAUAAAGGCAGUAAAUUUCACAACUAAAAAA